GCCGCUGUCGCAAACCAGUCUCUGAGGGAAGAAGAGAGAGUGAACUCUAAUCUGGAUAAAACCAGUUGUCCAGAACUUCUUUUGCACUUGUAUACCACGAUACAUAGAGAAUCAUGUAACGCAACUAACCAGGUGUUGUCGCCCACAAGGAACCUUUCAGUAUUGCUGUCAAGGUGUCUGGUCAGAUCUCAAACAUGGACAAGGAGUUGCAGAAAAGUGUGCCUGGUGAUGGCAGUCCAGGAGGUGCUGAGCAGUCAAAUACUGCUGAUCAACAACAGGGAUGUCCAUCUGACUCACAAAAUUUGGACAUGGACUGUACAGUGGGGGGGAGCAGCCAAGAUGAGUCAGCCUCUCAGACAUCUAUGGACUUGGGGGGUGGAAUUGGACGUGAUGAGAGGGGUAGUCCGACAUACUUCCCCAGGAGUAUCAGUUCUCCCGGGCCUGGUUUUAAACCUGGCUGCCGUGGUAGUCCAAAGAAGUGUGUGAAUACAACAAGUGAUGUGGAGAUGCUGAGUCCCAUCAGUCCCGUUGACAAGAACAUGGUGUUCAAUCACGAGACUGUUCAAGACUCUGUGGACAGUGGAGCUGCUGAUGCUUCUCCCAGUUCUCAACAGCAGGCCGAACCGUCAGAAUCUGGUCAGUCAACCAAAGAUACACAGUGUCCUGUCAAAGCGCCACCAGGCAGCAGCCAGGCUGCAGAGUGCAGUAGCUCACUUGAUAUGAGCCAUUCAGAGGCAACAUCUGAAAGGUGGCUUGGGACUCCUAUAGAUGAUCUGAACCGAAUGCCUCAGUGUGCCCCACCACUGUCUCACCUGAAAGUAGUGCCUCACCACACAAUCACAGUCAGGACAGAUCUGCUCCGGGAGGACGAGAGGCCCGUUCCGCAUCCCAGCAGGUUCAAGGAUGCCUGGGAUGAUCAGUUUGUGAAGAUGCCGUGCUCCGAGAAGAACGUGUUCCCCAUAGAGGCUGAGGUACGACAGCAUCAUGAAGGAGCUUUGCAAAGUCGGUGGGAUUUGAUCCGCUCUUCUUUGCUGAAGGGUUUUACGAGUUCCUUGGAUGUGAGGGAUGCUAUUUUGAGAUACCAUGCUCCACAAGCAAAGAAAUGGGACUUCACUGCCCUGAACCUUCUCUUCACUGAGCACAUGGAGCUUUCAGAGGCGAAACACCAUUUAGAAGUUGUGCUUCCAAAAAUGGUGGAACUGGCACUCAGUGCCCCGACCCUCUGCACCAAGCCAAUUCCGCUACUUAAGUCGAGGACGAAUCACUCUCUGACGCUGUCUCAGGAGCAAAUCGCCUGUCUGCUGGCCAAUGCCUUCUUCUGCACAUUCCCGAAACGCAACUCCCGUAAGACGGAGUACAGUAACUUUCCUGAAAUCAACUUUUGCAGGUUGUUCGAGGGAAGUACAUCAAGAAAAAUUGAGAAGUUGAAGACACUAUUCUGCUACUUCAGAAGAGUGACAGCGACGAAACCAAAGGGACUUGUGACGUUCACCAGACAAUCUUCGCUCCAUUCUCCAGACUGGCCGAACUCACAAGCUACAAUCACCAAAUUACAUAUCACGUGUGAUGGAACGAUUGAGGACGAUGGCUACGGAAUGCUGCAGGUUGACUUUGCAAACAGAUAUGUAGGUGGAGGGGUCACAGGCAAUGGUCUUGUCCAGGAAGAAAUCAGGUUCAUCAUAAACCCUGAGCUCAUCGUCUCACGCCUUUUCACGGAAGCCCUUGAACCCAACGAAUGCCUCAUCAUCACAGGUGCUGAACAGUACAGUAAAUAUACCGGCUAUUCUGACGGUUACAAAUGGAAGGAAAGCUACAACGAUGAGACUCCCAGGGACGACUGGCAAAGACGGUGUGUGGAGAUUGUCGCCAUCGAUGCUCUUAAAUACCGACACUUCUCUGAGCAGUUCUUCCCUGAGAAGAUGACCAGAGAACUCAACAAGGCCUACUGUGGUUUCUCCCGAAGUGGCAUCAAAUCUGAACACUUGUCUGCAAUCGCGACAGGCAACUGGGGCUGUGGAGCGUUUGGCGGAGACACACGACUGAAAGCGCUGAUUCAGUUGAUGGCAGCGGCGGAGGCGGGCAGGGAUGUGGCGUACUUCACGUUUGGCGAGUGGUCGCUUAUGAGGGAUGUUCACCAAAUGCACACUUUUCUCACAGAGAACCAAGUCACAGUGGGACGGCUCUACUACCUUCUCAAUCAGUACUACAGUAUGGUUUGUAAGAACUGCCGCUCAUCGAAGCCCGGCGUCAGCCUCUAUUCUUUCAUCUACGGGAGUUUCUCCGACCCGGUGUCCUCGGGCAAGGCCGGGAACUCUGUGAUGUCACCUGCAGCCUCAGAAGGUCAUUAACAAGAAGCAGGGACCCCGAAAAGACCUCCCUCCAGGGUUAGACUCACGAGUAUGGUCUCUCACACAUCCUUCGAAGUUGGUUCAACUAGACAAACACACCUUUGCCUUCCUAAUGCUUGAGGUUCUGGGAGUGUGAUGUUCAUAGCAAUAGUUAAAUCCUGGUUGCUGUCUGGCCUUUUUUUGAUCGAAAAGUGACUUCUAUAAUUUUGACCUUAGAUAUUUGUGGCCAAAACAAUAAUCGUGUGCAUGUUUGUUUGAACUGAGUUCAGUCUAUCAUAUACAGUCUGUGAGGACGGAGGAGUCGCCGGCCUAUAGUCUAUGCAUGGUUAACAUUUAUCACACACUGUGUCAAAUAGGUGCUGCUCAUUUAUCGUUUUUAUUUGCUGCUCUUCUUCUAGACUUGCACAGAGUCAACCAUCUGUGGUGAGAAAUCAUCUCAGAAGUUAUUUAUCCACCUAUAAAUGAUGGCAGUGCUUAAGAGUUGAGAAGAUAGAGAAAUAGUAAGAAGCAGAUUAUCCCUGCAAUUACUCCUAAAAGUACAGGAGUACAAAUGUCCCUUAUUGAAACAGAAGCCUGACUCUGUACUGCAUUGUAUUGCACUCCAGUUUUUUGUUGUACUGUUUAUAUCAAUAAUUCUUAAUUAAAAAUGUUAAAAUAAACGUUUUAUUGAAUGAAAACAGCAGCUGUUGAGGUGUUUUCCAGGCUUGUCCGGACGGGAGGUGACCACAGGUCGCACCCGGGUGGAGGUAAGGAAGUCUAUCUGCACACUGGCUGGGGAACUUCAGAAAAGAUGGCAGAAUAAAGUGGCUAAUAAGAGAGUAAGUAAUAAGAGUUUUUUUGGCGGGGCGGGGGGAGUCUUUCAUCUGACCAGACAAUACUUGUAGCGGACCAGACAG